AACAAAUGACAAUCUUGCUUUGCAAAGAAGUUGCUUAAAUGCAGCUAUCAAAUACGAAUUAAUACCACCGUAACUGACAACCGCUCUUCUGGCAGCGUCCUUUUGAGAUGUCGCUCGUGUAUCUCGGGAAGCGUUUGUUGGAGGCGGCCCGGGCUGGCCAGGACGAUGACGUCAGAACUUUGAUGGCCAAUGGGGCUCCGUUCACCACGGACUGGCUGGGCACGUCCCCGCUGCACCUGGCCGCUCAGUACGGCCAUCACUCCACCGCUGAGGUGCUGCUGCGUGCGGGGGUUAGCAGGGACGCCCGCACCAAGGUGGACAAGACCCCUCUGCACAUGGCCGCCACGGAGGGACACUCGAGCAUAGUGGAGCUGUUAGUCAGAAGCGGAGCGGACAUAAAUGCCAAAGAUAUGCUGAAGAUGACGGCGCUCCACUGGGCGGCGCAGCACGGCCACAAGGAGGUGGCCGUGCUCCUGCUCAAGUACGGCGCCGACGUGCACUCCCUCAGCAAGUUUGACAAGACGCCCUUCGACAUCGCCAUGGAUACCAGCAACACCGAGCUGAUGAUACUGCUACAGGAUGGCAUGCAGAACCAGGUGAUGAUGAACCCGGAGCAGCAGUACAUCCUCCCUGCAGGUGGGGUGGUUAACCUCUCAGAACUGGUCACCACCACGCCCACCACCCACACCAGCACCACAUCAGGCAAAUCAGAAGAGGCCGUAGCUGUCGAGUCUGUGGAUUCAGCCAUUCAGCAUGUGGUGGGUGAUGGGGGUCAGAGGGUCAUCACCAUAGUGACGGACCAACACGGCAACCUCCAGCCAGCGGGUCUUGGCCAGCAGUUCUUUGUGACCAUGCAGGGACAGCAAAUGGUGGCUGUGCCGGCCACUGCCAUAGCUGAGGAGAUUGUGGAGGAGCAGCCUCGACAAGCCACCCCCACUCACAAGAGGAAGCCAGACCCUCCAGCCAAUCAUAGUAGCCCCAAAGAGAAGAAGGCUAAGGACAGCCGUGAGCAGCUCCAGCGCCAGCUGCAGGAGGCCAAGAGGAGGGCACAGGAGUACCGCGAGCAGCUCCUUAGGAAGGAGCAGGAGGCAGAGCAGUAUCGCCUCAGACUGGAGCAGGCCAUGGCCAGCAGCAACAGCUCAGCCACCAACAUCAGCACUAUCACUGUUAUCACCAACACCACCGGCAUCGCCAAGCUGAAAGAAGAGCUUGAGGAGGUGGUCAUAGAGGAGCAGCUGGAGAUCAAGGCAGGAGUCAAGGUGGGUGAGAUAAAAGCAGAGCAGCAGGAUGUAGAGGAGGCUGUAACUGAGGAAGCGGUGAGGAAGAAAAGAGGAGAAGCAGCGGAGGAGGAGGAGGCCGUUGUUAGGCUUCCAGAGGACCCGAUACUGGUGAAUGAGGGUGAGCUGGAUGCUGCUGAAGGCAAUCAACUGGCAUUUGAGGACACAGAGGAAAUGGAGGCGCAUCUGAGAAAGACCACCAGCCACCCCAGGCGAGGCCGGGGGAGAGGCCGGGGCAGAGGGAGACACAGAUGCUAGGAUGCGGAAAUGUGUUUUACAUUUUAUACAUUUCUUGUCAAGUUAUUUCCAUCGAUCUCCUUCUAUUGUUCUUCUAUACGGACUUUUUUGUAAAUAUCUUAACAUCUGCACGCCAGACACUGCUGGUUUGAUGUAUUUGCAAGCUCACGUUGAGCCUGAAGAGGGAGCCGUUGAACCCAGACCGUGACGAUGCUCAGUUCUUCAUCACAUCGUCACUCUGGCUUUUUUCUCACCUUCACUAGAACUGGAUGGGAACUGACUGACAGUUGGGAUGUGCCAGCUACAAUGGCUGGUGCAUUCUGAAAUUCACCUUGUAUUUUAUAACUAAAAUAGAGUUUAAGGACAGGACGAGAUUAAAAAUUUGACUGUGGAGGAUUCCCGAGUCGGAGUCCGGUCCCUUUUUUCUUGGGGCAGCUAAACAUUUGGACAACAUGACCCAUCAUAAUGUUACAGGCACCAAGACAAUGCUAAAUGUGCCUUAAAUUUUCAGUUUGUUAACAGGAACAGGAAGAGGAUUUCGCUGACUGACAGCUGAUGAGUGAACUCUUUUGAGUGCAGAAUUGAAGUGGCUCAACUUGAAAUGAGUCCCGUUCCCCUUUAGUUUUGUUUGUGCUGUUCCAUGUUCAAGUUUGAGUCAAUCCCCCGUCCUUUGGGUUCCUGCUGUCUCAUGUGUCAUGUUGUGAAAGAAUUACAGACCGUUUAUCAUGUGUCUGAGUAGAGGAUUAGAGGUGGAGAGAACUGUUGAACUAAAAGUUCUCCUUGUUUUUCAAAAUUUUUAACAUUUUUUGAGGAUUGUUCCUCAUUUUUCCCCCCAAUUGUACUUGGCGAAUUACUUCACUCUUCUGAGCCGUCCCAGUCGCUGCUCCACCCCCUCUGCCGAUCCGGGGAGGGCUGCAGACUACCACAUGCCUCCUCCGAUACACGUGGAGUCGCCAGCCGCUUCUUUUCACCUGACAGUGAGGAGUAUCGCCAGGGGGACGUAGUGCGUGAGAGGAUCAUGCUGUUACCCCCAGCCCCCCCCCCCAAACAAGCGCCCGACCGACCAGAGGAGGCGCUAGUGCAGUGACCAGGACACAUACCCACAUCUGUCUUCCCACCCGCAGACACGUCCAAUUGUGUCUGUAGGAUCGCCUGACCAAGCUGGCGGUAACACCAGGAUUCGAAUCGGAGAUCCCCAUGUUGGUAGGCAACGAGAUAGACUGCUAUGCUAUCCAGACGCCCUUGUUUUUCCAUUUUUCCCUUUAUCUCCAUGUCUUCAUCAUGAGAAAUCAUGAUUCAUCAUUUCAUCUUUCAUAAAAGGGACAGCUCAUGUUGGACGGUUUGGAGACAAAGCAAGAGAGGCAAGAUUGAGAUGGUUUGGACAUGUGUGGAGGAGAAAUGCUGGGUAUAUUGGGAGAAGGAUGCUGAAUACGGAGCUGCCAGGGAAGAGGGAAAGAGGAAGGCCAAAGAGGAGGUUUGUGGAUGUGGUGAGAGAGGACAUGCAGGUGGCUGGUGUGACAAAGGAAGAUACAGAAGACGGGAAGAAAUGUAAACGGAGGAUCCGCUGUGGCGAUCCCUAACGGGAGCAGCCAAAAGUAGUAGUAGUAGUAGCAGUAUAUCUCCAUGUCUUCAUCAGACCCUUGAUCACCUAAUGGUGCCUAGUUGGAUCCUUGUGUAACGUAAUGUAGGUGGUACCGUAUGUGUUGGUGGGUGACUCCCCAGGUUAAAGCCUGGUGGUGGAGGUGGGAAUGAGUGAGCAUGUUUACACUUGUAUGUGACUGUCAAGACUGAUGCUGAGGUGGUGGAGGUCGACUUGUUUGUAUAUACAUAUUAUAUUUGUGUGUGUGUGUGUGUACAUGUUCUCAGGCCAAGCUUUUGGGCAUUACCAACCAUUUUUAUUUACAGUCAAAAAUUACACAGACCCUAUAACAGAGAUGUUUGUACCAAUGCUAUAUAAUGUAUUUAUAGAUGCUCCCUGACCACAGUACCACUGUCAGAUUAGGACACCGUCUACCUUGUUUUCACUUUGUUCUCAAACCUCACCCUUUUAAUUGCUGGCAUUCUGAAAACAAGUUGCUGGCUUUAACGACCACAGGCUAUGACAUCAUCAAGUGAAUGAGUCCCACCGGGGCAGCGCAGUGUCAGCUGAAGAAAUAAAUCUGAGUCCUCAUGGCAGUGUUGGGACCGCACUUAACGACCAUGCUUUCAAUCAGUUUGAUUGGUCAGAUACACCUCCCCUCCAAUUAAACCCAAUUAGUUGUUAAUCAGUUAUGCACAUUUGACUGCUCAACUCUGCUACAGACUGUAGAAUGUGUCGGUGCACAUUGUUGUACACAUUUGCACCCUUAAAGAUGUGUUCAUAGAGAAAAGUCUUUUCUCUGAAAAUGUUAAGAGAACAUUUUUUUCCAGUUUAGGUCACUGCACAAUAUGUGUUCCUCAGCAAUAACCUGCAGUCCCUCAUCCAGUUCACUUACAUGUUGUGUCCGUGUUCAGACGGCCGGUGUAAGUUAAUUAGCAUGUAGCACUACAGCCUGAGGUCCUCAUUUUGAACCACGUUCUCUUUUCUAUUCCAGUUUACAGCUGCCAUCACUUUAUCUUCCAGUUUGGGAGACAGAAAAACACAAAGCCUUUAGGAAGCAAAAUUUUAAACAAAUGACUAAAAAUAUUCUUUAUGUUUUUGUAUCUGGAAUACACUUUUUUUUAAGGAAAAAUGUUAC